UGAUCGUUCGUUUUUGAACUUACAAAUAUCUAAUUGUAGUUCAAGUUUUCUGUUCUUGUGUUUUAUAGAUUGAUGAUGAUGAGAAGGUCACAAUGAUCGAUUUUCCACAAAUGGUUUCUGUCUCGCAUCGUAAUGCACAAAUGUAUUUUGAUCGUGAUGUUGAAUGCAUCUUCAAAUUUUUUAGGAAAAGUUCCUUUCUCUUACAGGUUUAACAUGUCAUUCCAUGAGACUGUGGAUGACGAAAAUGAUGUAGAGAUCGACAAUGAUGAAGGUGCGAGGCCUUGCUUUUCUUCGAUAUCAAAAGGUGCUGGAAGUCUAGACAAGGAGCUUGCUGCCAGUGGUUUCACACUAAAGGAUCAGGAAGACAUUGAAAAGUUUUUUGAAGGUGGAAUCGAGGGAGAUGCAGAUUCAGGCGAUGAAGAAGCUGAAAGCUUCAAGUUUGAUGAAAUGGACACCAAUGUGGUGGAACAACAUCUACACAUGUCAGACGAGGUAUUCAUUUUAUCAUUUUGAUUCCAACGGAUCUAAUC